UCCAAUGGAGAUGAUGUUUAUUUACAUGAAAUGAUCAGUGAUAGUGAUAUAUUUUUACCAUCACCCCCUCCCCCAGUGAGAAAUCCUGAAUUACAAGCCCGGAUAGACAAAUUAAAAUUACAGCAAGCCAAUAAAGAAUACAAGGAAAUGACUAAAAAUGUGGAUUUAACACAGAAAUAUCAUGCGGAUAAAUUUGGGGAUGAUAUUAAAGCUUUGAACAGACAUUUAAUUGCUGUAUUUAAUUUUAUUGUGACAGUUGGCGGUGCCUUUGCUUUCGGUUAUAAAUCUGUAGAAUAUUCUGUAGGCUCUUCCUUACCAUUACAAAUGAUGUCUGGUUUGAUAUUUGCUACUGUUGUUUUCUUUGCUGAUCUCUAUUUUCUAAUCAAAUAUCAUUCAGAC